AUGGCAUUGUUGGGCCGUAAGCAUGCCCUUCACUUCACUUUGCGAUCUGGGUCAAGAAGCUUUGGACGGAAUUUCUGGCGGCUGGGUGACAAAUCUGAGACAGACACUGUGUGCGACAAGCUCCAGCGUUGUCAGACCCCACAGGAUUUCAUUGCUUAUGCAGAAGCAAUGCGCAUGCACAUUCAGAAAGCAUCUGGGGCAAGGGUCAUCCAUGGACCCCCACCUGCGAACAUCUCAAAGAGUAUCCAGCAAAAAAGCUCCAGCAAGGAUCUCCAUGCAGGUGAAACCAAGAACAUCAUCAAUGCCUUUAUCAAAAUGGGCAUUGCAAGCGGCCAACCAUCAAAAACACGUUUCUGCAGAGAAAGCAAAACUUGGUGCUCAGAUGAGAGAUGCAUGACUACCUGUCUCAUUGUCACCAAGCGUGCGCCCAAAUAA